AUGGCCCAUCUGGAGGACCUGGAGCAACGACUGGCUCUGCCGUACCAGCUACUGGAUCUAGUGGCCCAUCUGGAGGACCUAGAGCAACGACUGGCUCUGCCGUACCAGCUACUGGAUCUAGUGGCCCAUCUGGAGGACCUAGAGCAACGACUGGCACUGCGGUACCAGCUACUGGAUCUAAUGUGCCAUCUGGCGGGCCUGGAGCAUCGACAGGCUCUGCCGUACCAGCUACUGGAUCUAGUGGCCCAUCUGGAGGACCUGGAGCAACGACUGGCUCUGCCAUACCAGCUACAGGAUCUAAUGGCCCAUCUGGAGGACCUGGAGCAUCGACAGGCUCUGCGGUACCAGCUACUGGAUCUAAUGUGCCAUCUGGCGGGCCUGGAGCAUCGACAGGCUCUGUCGUACCAGCUACUAGAUCUAAUGGACCAUCUGGCGGGCCUGGAGCAUCUACAGGCUCUGCCGUACCAGCUACUGGAUCUAGUGGCCCAUCUGGAGUACCUGGGGCAACGACUGGCUCUGCCGUACCAGCUACUGGAUCUACUGGCCCAUCUGGAGGGCCUGUACCAACGAAUGGCUCUACCGUACCAGCUACUGGAUCUAGUGGCUCAUCUGGAGUACCUGGAGCAACGAGUGGCUCUGUCGUACCAGCUACUGGAUCUAAUUGGCCAUCUGGCGGCCCUGGAGCAUCGACAGGCUCUGCCGUACCAGCUACUGGAUCUAGUGGCCCAUCCGGAGGACCUGGAGCAACGACUGCCUCUGCUGUAA